AUGCCUGGGAGUUGCUGCUUGGAGUUGAUGGUGGCGGUGGUGGAGAGACGUAGAGUCGACACCACGACCACCGCCAGAAGGAGACCAGUUCCUCCAAUGUGUGUGUGUGUGUGUGUGUGUGUGUGCUAUGAAGGAGGUUGGGGCAAAGAGGCUGGCCCCCGUGUGAUCUCAAUCGAUACGGACGGCAGCCACUCGGCCAGAACUAUAUUUGGAUCAGCAGCACCUCUUAUGAUCCAACUAUCAGGUAAGCCUGUGAAAUCGCGACCGUUUUCUGUGAAGUUAGCCUAUUCAGAUGAGAGAGCUAUAAGAAAAAAGAGAAUUGGGAAAAAAGUUGUAAAGGUCGCAACGAAAAGCCUCCUUGAUAUACCAAAUGAUACUGAAAUUAUCAACCUUCCUAACUUUCUGGUUAUUCAAGAGCUACUCCGAAUCUUUGGUUUUCUUUUUCUCAGAACUUAAAAGUUAUAAAGGUGAAGAUAUUCAUGAUUUUCACCUGGUAAAUCAAAUAAUUGCCUGGGCAGAUUUCAGAAAAUGCCCAAACAGAAUUUAAUCAUCUUUUUUUCAGAGCAAUCUGAAUUUAAAGCAUUCGAAAAACCAAGAACCAACUUCAGGACGUUCUAUAAAAGUUGCAACUUCUUCACCCUCAUCAAGAGCAAAACAGCAAAGAUAAAGAAAAACUUUUUGAUAAAUCAACAAACUUCGAGAAUUGACAGGACACAGUUAAAUUUCGUUUUCCUUCCGGAAUUUCUGUGCAAAUCGACUGACCGACCGCUCAAAAUAUAUAGAUCCUGUCUUGCCCAACACAAAAAGCACGUGAGAGCGCCGGCCUCCGAGAAAAAAAACCGGCUUUUCUCCAGUCAGACGUCACAUCACGCAAGUGCCUGACUAUCAUUUUUUCGACAAACCCUUACAUCAUUUCUUCGGGGAGACAAAAAAUAUCCGAGUUGAGAGAUCGAAAAAAAAUGAAAAAACUUCUUCGCUAUUUGAUCCAGAAGGUCCAUUUGAAAAAUAAAUCUGAAAACUUAAAAUGUGAAAAAAUUGAGAGACAAAAUUGAACACGCCCCGUCAUUAAAACAAAGCAUAAACUGAAAAUCUUUCUCUUAGAUCUAGGAUGUGCGAAAAAAAAAUCAAACGCUUCUUAACAUUUUGGUCAAGGCAGUGGCGAAAUGAGUCACUGAAAAAAAAUGAUGCGAAUAAAAACUAACUUCAUAAAAUCGGAAUUCGUUUUACUCCAAAACAGCUUCAGUUCAUUGACGAUUUGAGUCAUCAAGGAAAAUUUCGACAAGAGAUGACUCAUCGUGAUACCGUUCAGCCUAACCGGGUCUAGCCUUCCUAGCAUCGAUCUUAUAACAAACGCCGAAUAAAAAAAAACUGUGAAGUAGUGGUCUAAUUAACCCUCAACCGUUCACGAGACUUGAGAAAAGAUAAAUCUUUUAAGUCAAGUUCAGGUCGGCCCUGAUUUUUCAGCAAUCGUGUGACGCACUCGCGUUCUCACCGUUUGCGUCCCGGAGACAGCGCAAACAGUCAAAAAAACAGACGCCUGGACAAAAAAAACGAGGUUUAUGCUGGAAUGAAAUGGGCUAUCGCCGAACUGAAAUAG